AUGAAGUUCUCCGCCGUUUUCACCACUCUCGUCGCCGUUGCCUCGGCUGCCCCCUCCCGGGACAUCUCCUCCUCGUCCGGCAGCAAGGUUCAGAAGCGUGCCGCCGUGUUCGCGACGGCCAAGACCUUUGAUGAUCUGUCCAUCAGUGGCAAGAACGCCGGCACCGCAAAGGAGGACGCCCUCCAGAAACUGAGCGGUCUGCCAACGGACCUGUCCACCGUCGACAAGGCGGAUCUGGCCUUCCUCAACAACGUCAACAAGAUUGCCAACCAGGCCGAACGCGGCGCCUACAAUGUGGAAAUCGCAAAGACGGCACCCGGCGAGGAUGCUCUGGCUCUUCAGCGCGCAAAGAUCCAGAAUAAGGUCCUCAAGCUCACGGCCACCGUCAUGGGCCUGCAGGCCCAGCAGGCGCAGGGCAAGAACGUGACGGCCAAGCUGGACGAGGAGACCAAGAAGCUCAACAAGAAUAUUGCCGACGACGUCGCCAACGCCGGCAAGCCCGCGACCGCCCUCAAGUUCAACGCCUCCACCGACAACCCGGCCGCCACCGAGGUGCCCAAGGAUGAUGCCCUUGCCACAAAGGCCGGUGAUGUGGUUGAUCAGUCUAUCAAGGCCGCCGGAGGAAACGCCGGCGCCGCUGGGGCGAAGGGCACGGGUAAGAAGGGAACCAAGACGGCGAGCAAGGCUGUCGAGGCUGCCGAGGUUGCCGAUGAGGUUGCCGCUGGCGAGGAGGAUGAGGAGUGA